AUGCAGGACAUACUAGCUAACGCGGACCAUAUCAAGUUUGACCUGGAGAUUGCGGUGGAGCAACAGCUAGGGGCUCAGCCUCUACCGUUCCCCGGCAUGGACAAAUCCGGGUCUGCUGUUUGUGAGUUCUUCAUGAGAGCUGCCUGCAUAAAAGGUGGGAUGUGUCCUUUUCGUCACAUAAGUGGAGAGAAGACGGUAGUGUGCAAGCACUGGCUGAGAGGGCUUUGCAAAAAAGGAGAUCAGUGCGAGUUCCUUCACGAAUAUGACAUGACAAAGAUGCCAGAAUGCUAUUUCUACUCCAAGUUUGGUGAGUGUAGCAACAAGGAAUGUCCGUUCCUGCACAUUGAUCCGGAGUCCAAGAUCAAGGACUGCCCGUGGUAUGACCGAGGAUUCUGCAAACACGGUCCUGACUGCAGACAUAGACACACAAGAAGGGUGAUUUGUGUCAACUACCUGGUGGGCUUCUGUCCAGAAGGAAAAUCGUGCAAAUUUAUGCACCCUCGUUUCGAAUUGCCAAUGGGAACCUCCGAGCAGCCUCCACUGCCAUCACAAAAUCAAAAUCAGUCAAAGCAGUCGGGUCCAAUCAUGGGUCGCUCGUCAUUCUCGGUCAUCCACCUGACUAACGCAAGCCCAGGGUCACGGUCACAUAACAACUCUUCCAUGCCUAUGAUGCAACAGAAUCAUGUCAUUUCCAGCAGAGGGCCUCGACCUCUUGACCAGGUCACCUGCUACAAGUGCGGAGAAAAGGGCCAUUACGCCAACAAGUGUAAUAAGGGCCACCUUGCCUUCUUGAGUGGACAGUGA